UAUUAAUUAAUCCCUAUCCUAAUAUUACAAUUAAUGUUUAUUACAUUCGUGAUGAGAAUAAUAAAGUUAAUUUAGAUAUUUUUUAAACUGUUUUUUAUUUAUAUUUUUUAGUUAAGUCUAACAAUAUUUCGAAGAUUAUAACUCACACAUCAAUGUUUCUAAGUUUGUAAUAUAAUUCGCUUCAUAGUUAUUUUAAUAAUCAUAUGAAUUAAAAAAAAUGGAUUUCACUAGUAUUUGUAGAACUUGUUUCGGUAAAAACGAACUCAGUCCGAUAUUUACCAAUAAAGUAGAUUCAAUCGAUGUAGAUACGCUUUUCGCAGCUACAGGUGUGAAGAUGGAAAUUAAUGAUGGACUUCCUCAAAACAUGUGUAAAUAUUGCGUAAAGUGUCUACGAAGUAAUCUGGACUUUAGGAAAAAGUGUAAAGAUGCAGAAAAAGUGCUUCUAGCUAUCAAGAGAGACAAUGAAUACAAAAUAGAAGUUGAAAUAAUUGUUGACAAUGACGAUAAAAAACCAAAAACAUUACACAUAACAAAUGAUAAGUCUGAAUUAGUUAAUGAAAAUAAUCAAAAUAUAUUACAAAAUAUUAACAAUAAAUUACCAAAUAUUGAUGUAUUUAAGGAAGUCGAAAUUAAAAUUGAAAACUUUGAAUCAGACAACGAAGAUGACAUACCAUUGAUAUUAUUAACAGACAAUUCAAUCGCACAAAAUUCACAGAAAAAUAUUGAAGCGACGGACAAAAAAGACAUCAGUACAGAACUAGAAAGUGUUUUAUAUGAUUAUAACGAUAAAAGUUCAAGGAUUACUUGCAAGUUAUGCCAGAAGAACUUAUCCAGGAGAAGUUUUGCCAUGCACAUGGCGAGACACCAUCCCGGUGCUGAUAACACCAGGAUCAAAUGCGAACUCUGCAAAGAUUACAUCUUGAGGGAUAAUUUGAACCGGCACUUAACAUCAAUACAUGGUACUGACAACUUUAAAUGCAGAUAUUGUAAAAAGGAGUUCAACAGCAAAGAGUUGUUGGUGAAGCAUGUCACGAACUGCAACGUUAAAAAGAGACGGCGAACAUGUGAAUCGAGUCGUGAACUCACCGAGUGUGAUGUUUGUCAUAAAAAGAUGCAGAAGGCAAGCCUGAGAAUGCACAAAGCGGUCAAACACGCCGGCUUGGGACCUGUUUGCGAGCACUGCGGGAAGCGCUUCGGGAACAAGCUUCGCCUGCACGAACAUUACCGAGCGAAGCAUGGUUACGAGAAGUUCAAAUGCAAUUACUGCGACUUCCAGAGCGCUGGUGUGAUGGCUAUGAGGAAUCACGAGAGACGUCACCGCGGUGAAAAGCCGUUCGUGUGCGAGACUUGUGGGGCGAAAUUCCAUGCGGCAUACUUACUCGCCCAGCAUAGGCAAUCGCAUCGCACCGAGAAACAGUUCAAGUGCGAGCAGUGCCCGGCGUCGUUCAAGGCCAACAACAGCCUGCACAUGCACCGGCGCGCGUGCCACAGCAGCGCGCGCGUGGCGUGCGCGGUGUGCGCGCGCGCCUACAGCUGCCGCCACUACGCCGUCAAGCACAUGCGCGCCGUGCACCGCUACAAGGGGCCCGUGCCGCAGCUCAACCAGACUUGAGACACUUCCUC